GUCGCGGAGAAGGAAAUACUUGCGGAGGUCUUCUUUUCUCGGCGUCUCAAGUCGAGAAAAACCCACAGGGUCAGGGGAGAAGACGCAGCUCAUUGCCGUGUGGUGUCCUCGUGCUUUUGAAGAAAUCGUGCGUCUUCUCCUUUCUGCACCAGGCGUCAAAGGGAAGGAGACGCCUUCUUCAUUCUGGAGGCAAGGGAAGGCGAAAACAACAAUCUGUCUGCGUUUGGUCUGCUCGACAUGCCCCCGCCCUGCGUGUCUGCGCCUUCGCGGCGGGCAGGCGACGAUUUGCCUCCGCAGCGGAAGGCGAGUCGCCUCUCUUCUCUUCUACUUCUUUUCCUUCUCACUCUGCACCCUUCUCCCGUCGCCGUCGAGUCUGUCUCGACUCGCGGCGGCGACAGUCGCGAAGCAGAAGAGUCAAGAACUGAGGAUGGCCCGGUUGCUGAAGCGCAGAGCGGAUUCGUCACACUCCAAGAAGCCGAAAAGGGAGGGCGACAGGCCUUCAAUCCGAGUGUAUAUACACCCGAGAAGAUCCGCAUUUCACGUCGCGGUCCGAUUCGCUUCAUGUUCGGCUCCUGCAACCUCCAGCCCAUUGGAGGCGAAUGGCAAGUCGCCGAAGAAGAUCGGCACAUGUGGAGCUUCAUUACUCGCCAGAAGCCGGAUCUCUUUGCGCUUCUUGGGGACAACGUCUACGCUCACAACUUCCGUCACCUGGGACUGGCGAACAGCAUUCGCUGGAACUGGAAAAAUCUCUCUUGGUCGGAGUUGACGCGCAGAAGGAUAGAAGUCGCUCGCGCCUUUCACCGCCCAUCCACACUGGACGAAGUGCGACAAGCGUUUCACAACCAGACUUCCCAUCGCCCCUACCAGGAGUUCCUGGACACAGGCGUCCACGUCAUUGGAACGUACGACGACCACGAUUUGGGCGAUGACAAUCCCUCAAGAGUUCACUCUCUCAAAUACGAGGCCCGAGACAUCGUGCUUGACUUUUUCAACGUAUCGAAGAAUUCGCCUCGCCGUUCAGUCUUCUGGGACGGGGCCUUCUCUUCACACAAGAUUCAACUUGACGACGGAUUUGCAUUUCGCGUCAUUCUUCUGGAUGUUAGAUUCAAUCGAGAUCCCUGGGCCUCGUUGCCUCAUGGAGAUAUUCUCGGAAACCAGCAGUGGCGCUGGCUCAAGGAGGAACUGCGAAAAUCGAAGGAGGAAGGAGACGCUGUCACCUUCAUAGCCUCCAGCAUCCAGGUUCUCCCCUCUCCCUUCGUCGCGACGGAGGCUUGGUCUAUUUUUCCCGACGCUCGCCGCAGACUCUUGAACCUCAUCAUGAGUUCAGGUGUACAGAUACCCGUCCUGCUCUCCGGGGAUGUGCACUUUGCUGAGAUGAAUCGUGUGCUGUGUCGGCCGCUGUCCAUCGGUGGCGCCGCCGCCCCAGCGAAGCAGACGGGAGGGCCGGGAGCGGCGCUCUCGGUCCCGGCGCAGUGUCUCUCACCUUCUCCAUGGCAGCAGGUAGCUCUGCUUCUCUGGCGGCUCGACAGACAGAGCGAAGACGCAGAAAGGCACGCAGCGGCCUCAGACACACUUGGAGUGGACGUAGCGUUUGCCGGUCCGUCGCGUCCGCCGGAGGCAUCUCUCGAGUUCCAGGAAAACCGUUCGCUGACGGCAUGGCGAAGUCCGGGACUGUUGGCGCGGUUGUUUCCUUCUCUCUCCUUCCUGUCGACGUUUGUUUUCAUGAACCUCUUUGCGCCCUCGGCGGCGACGACCUUCUCGCUUUUCUCCGCCUCCCACCCUGCCGACGAAUACCUGCCUGUCGUGCAGCGACCAGAGACCCGCCGAAAGGGCAGAAGCGGAGCCCAGGAAAGAGACAAGUUUCGCGACGCAGGCGACCUCGAGGGAAGGAGCGGGCGGCGGGCAGGCCGCGAGCGGCGAGGAGUGGAGUUGAACGAGGUGACUUCGAGUGGCCUGACUCACGGAGUCGAAGAAACCUUCCUCACCGCUGCGGCUCCUGCUCGUCUCGCCGAGUGGGGGCUGAGGAGGCUGUUCCCUCGCACUUCGACCUCGCGCGACGACUUCUACGGCGAACGGCUCGUGUACACUCGGCGCAACGUCGGAGACGUCCAACUCGUGAGGAAUCCGCUGUCGCUUCUCCGAGCAGGCGCAGCAGACGCCGAGAGGAGGAACAACAAGAAGGCGAAGAAGAAAGAGCACGAGAAGAAGGACACAGAAGAAGCGACAGAUCCGCAAGCCGAGGAAGCGGAAGAGAGGAAAGAACAGAGAGGUCCGGCGUCGGAGACAGGAGGCUUCGAGGAAGCGCGAGCGGCGUACUCGGAGCUGCUCUCUGCGGUGUCGUGUGGGGAAGGCGACGAGGAGAGACUGUCUCCGUCUGUGCUGGAGAAAGUGGGCAGGUUCUUCGCAGGCAGUCCCGGGCGCUUCCAUAUGCUUCUUUCGCUGUAUCAGCAGUUGCUUGCAGUCCACGACCGCCCACAGAGACAAGAACGGGAGAAGACGAAGCUAAACAUUUCGCCUCGAAAGGCCUGGGGCGCAUGCAGUCAGGGCGAGGCCUCCGCCUUGGCACAUCUCUCCCAAAGAGAGAGAGAUGAAAACGCGGGACUGCGCCGCUCUGUCUGGUGCUGGGGAGACGAAGAAGAAGAGAAAGAAAAGUCAGGAGAGAGCGACCGCGCGAAGACAGAACGAGGCGAGUCCGAAAGCGACACCGUGGAAUACGGUAAUCGGCCUAACGUCCCCUACCCUCUCCUCCGGAACGACUCUUUUUUCUCUCUCCUCCUCACAGUUGAGUCUCUCCUCCACACCUCGCUUCAACGCCUUUCCCGCAGUGUCUCGUCGUCUUCCUUCUCUUCUUCCUUCUCUCCAUCCUUCUCUUCUUCCUCGUCUUCGUCUUCGUCUUCCGUUUUUCCUUCUUCCUCUUGGACAGAGGAACUUGCGUCGUUUUGUGAGCUGAGUCGUUCGCCGUCUCGGGAAGCCGUGGGCGGCAUGCUACGGUUCUUGAAUCGCGAAAACGUGGAUCUUUCUGGUCGAGACCCCUCCGACGCACUCAGGAAACGUCGGCUGCUGCUCUGGGCCUCUGUCGGGCGAGACGAGACGCAGCAGAUCUGCUCUGCUCUCGCCGCAGUCCUCCCGACCGGGGAAGAGCCCGGAGAGAAGCAAAGAGGAAGCACGCAAGAAAACCACCUGCGCGAGGAAGACAUGCAGGAAACGGCGCAAGCAUCCGGGGGUUCAAGCAGAAAGGCGAAACGUGGCAGCAGAGAGGAGAAAGUCGAGAGAGAGGAAGAAGCGUUGAGAGCUCUGUCGCAAGUGGCGUGGAAGAGUUCGAUGGACGAAGAGAAGGUUGCUGGGAAGGCUGAGGAGGCUGGAGAGGCUGAGGAGGCUGGAGAGGCUGAGGAGGCUGGAGAGGCGGGAGGCGCGAGUGAUAGAUUUGCGGAUGAGGGUGUUUCCUGUAGGAAUGUCGAAGAGAUUCUUUCAGCUCGGGCGUGGAUCAGCGUGCAAAUUUUCGCUCUGCCUUUCGGGGACUUGGUCCUGGAAUCCUUUAUCUCUCCAUUCGCCUUCGCACAGUCCCGAAGGCGUCUCGAGACUGAACUGGAAGAAGAGAUGGGAGAGGCCGCAGACGCCCGGCGCGUCCGAUGGAUCUGUGACCCUCCAGAAGGCCCCGAUCCGACGCCCGUGUACGUAGCAGUCGCCGUGCUUCUUCUUCUUGUUCUUUUUGCCGCCUUCUCCACGCUGAUUCUCCGCGCUCUGUGGUCUUGCUGCGCAUGCGCCUUCGCUUGUGCGAGGCAGUCGGCUAAAAGCGCGGAAAGAGGGGAAGGAGAGAACAGGUUAAAAACGCGUGGAGAGGAAGAGGCGAGAGCGCGCGGGAGUGUGGCGCUCUCGACGUCGGUAAGAAGACGAAGAGUCGUGUGAGGCGGAAGAGGCAACCAGAGAGACAGUGAAGAGAGAGGGAGAAAGCGAGGGAGCGAGGGAGCGAGAGAGGGGGAGAGGGAGAAAGCGGGGGAGCGAGGGAGCGAGAGAGGGGGAGAGGGAGAAAGCGAGGGAGCGAUAGAGGGGGAGAGGGAGAAAGCGAGGGAGCGAGGGAGCGAGAGAGGCAGGGGGGAAGAGUCCGGCGUCGGAGGGGAGGAUUCAGGAGAACUCCGCAAGCGGCCGCAUGCGGUUGUGAAAAGGCCUCAAUCGAACGGGAGAAGCCUUUGGGCGAGGGGACGACCUCAGCAAGGUGCUCUACCCUUUUUUGCCUUCUCGAGGCGCGCAAACCCUCGUGCAUUUUAUGCUGAGACACUUGGGUGAGUACAGCACGCAUAUACGUAUAUAUGUACAUGUAUGUGUAUAUAUGGAUGUAUAUGUGUAUAUUGGUAUUUGUGUAUCUACAAAUACUUGUGGAGCACUUGGGAAUUUGUUUUGCUCGUGAGACGUGCAUGUUUUUUCGUAUGAAAAGCUGGGAGAGAAGAACAGCUUCACCUGAGCCGAUGCGUGUGAAUCGAAAUCCACCGGGCUCCUCUGCCUGCGGGGGCGGAAACGUUUCCGUUCGCACCGGGGUCCGCUGGAGAAGCGUUUCUUUGCACAGCUCCACAUUUCUUUCGGUACUUCUGUGUGCAUGCUCGCACUUGUCCUUCCACCUGUUUCCCCACCCUCACCACAGUGUAUGCAGGUGUUUUAUGUGGCGUGGAUGCACCGUUCUGUGCAUGCGUCGCUUCCGUUGUCGCUGGCUUUUGCUGGCAGAGAGAAACAGGCUGUCGCCUGUCCUCAGGCACUCUUGUUUUAUUUGUCUCGGAAAGCGAACCUCUGGUUGCAACCCAAACGUAACGGCGCUUGGUCUGUCCUGUCCCGCUCCCGGGGAACGGCUGAAACGCCCGCAGACAGGAGUCCGAACUUCGUUGUGAAUCUACGCGGUGAAACGCCUACGGCUCCUAGAAGGACCAUCUCGUUAAAGGAUCCUUCCGGUAGCUCGAGCGAACCUCUUUUUCGAGAUGGCGUUCCUCGAAAACCUAGAACUGGGCUGCGGUGAACACAAGUCUUCAAGGUCGAAACCAAGAGUCGAACUCGUUGUGGGUAUAUAUUUGUUAUUUAUGUCAUACCUUACAAUUCUAGGAUCCCCAUCUAAAAUUUCGGAGUUGCGCGCGAAAAAGAUACCUUCGCUUCCGGAACCGAGUGCGACGUUUUCUAAACACACCAUGGCUUUCUUCGUCUCGAAGAAACUCGCGCUGAGUGAUCCUCCAGCAAACAAAAGGAAACCAGAGUUCAGCAAGACUUCAUGCGCCUCUGUAUCCGUUUUUACUUUGAAGAGCAAAGGAGCUUCGCAAAGCAACUCUGUCUGAUUUGAAACAGCGAGUCGGACUGGGAACUCUGUGGACUACUUUGGUCUGCUGGGUCCUGCUGAGUUACCGUGGCGCUUCAUGUUUAUAUGUAGGGGAAACGGGGUGGAGCAGUGUGUUCUAGCAGUGUGCGACGAAGACCCGGUAGACUCCAGUUCGGCUUAAAAUGAAAAGUACCUUGUCUGAGUUGCAGCCAGCCGCUGUCGGCCACGACAUAUCGAGUUUUGUAUUGGAGAAAGAGGUGUGGAGGUCCUGCGGCACCCGAAACACUCAUAUCUUGGAUGACUGUAUACUAGCGGC